GAAUCACAACACGGACCACGCAAUGAUACUGUCACUGUUCGUGGCUGUGGUACUGGCAGGGAUGGCAGAGGCGGCAGAGAUACCAGAGGCUGUAGGUCAGGAUGGCAGCGGCAGUAGUGCUGACACGCAGUACUGCGACCCAUUACCAGACCAACCGGAUCCGCCAAGUCAACCGGUGGUGUCUCAACACUACACAGCCAAGGUGGAGGUUGUGAGAGCCGUUCUUGAGGGACCUUCCUCCAGCCCAGAGCAUAUAGUGAUGUACGUGGAGUACGCGUACGACGGGCCGGGCAGAAGACUCUCCGUGGAGAUCUCCUCCAAGCAGUUGGUCGAGAAGUACAUCCUUAACUGGAACAGCCAGCAGAUGAUGGUCCUACGCAGCCCUAAGGAUGGCAGCAGCAGCAUGAGAGAGUGUCUCCUGCGGCCACUGGAGGAAGCAACGUACCUCUUCCCUGUGUUGUGGGGCUCCAGUAAUAACAUUUCCACCGACACCAUGCUAGAACCAGCCGUGCCCCUGGGCAUCCUCCACUGGUCCGAUACCCACUAUAAAGGCGACUACCAGCACCGGGGAAUGGCGUCUUACCGUUGGGACUGGUGUGGCUUGAAGCAGUUCGAGGCUGACGUUGCCACACCAAAUAUAUCCAUGGCAACCUACUGGAGCGCCUCCAACUGGCGUAUGGCAACAUUAGGGAUAAAUGGAGUGUCGUGGCCCCUGGGUUGGGAGGUGGAGAUGCACGAGAGAGAGGGAGACACCACCACCACCAUCAAGUUGGAGGUUCACAACGUCAUGUACUACAACCCUGGCACCGUGGACUACACCGCCUUCACCGUCCCACAAGACAUGUACUGCCCUACGCUCAUCCCUGAAGCAGAACAUUCCUUCCCAGAUUUCUCCAUGGACCGCCUCUUCACCUUCAGCUUAGAGAUGCAGCAGACAGAUGUCCAGGACUUCACCUGGGCUGAUGGUUGGUAUGACUUUGAGAAACAGUUGUACAGGAUCGACCACGACGUAAUCAUCGGCAAGAACCUCGUCACCACCACCGAAGUCUUCGACUUUAACGAUGGCGUGGAGUACUCAUUCACGGUGGGUGUUUGACUGGGGUGCACGCGUUAAUAUCAUUAACAACUCCGACACUGAUGGGCUGACAUCACUGGAUCUCUUCGUCCUGGGCUGACAACCUAAUGCUUUUUCGGGACCAACGCCAC